AUGGAGGUGGUACCUGUGAUAGAGGUGGUACCUGUGGUACAGGUGGUAGAUGAGAUGGAGGUGGUACCUGUGAUAGAGGUGGUACCUGUGGUACAGGUGGUAGAUGAGAUGGAGGUGGUACCUGUGAUAGAGGUGGUACCUGUGGUACAGGUGGUAGAUGAGAUGGAGGUGGUACCUGUGAUAGAGGUGGUACCUGUGGUACAGGUGGUAGAUGAGAUGGAGGUGGUACCUGUGAUAGAGGUGGUACCUGUGUGGCUGCCGUGGUGA